CAAAGAAAGGAGGAAAGGAUGUAAAGAAGAAUAUGAAGAAGAAAGGAUGUAAAGAAGAAGAGGAAGAAGAAAGGAUGUAAAGAAGGAGAGCAAGGAAAGGAUUUAAAAAGCAGAGAAAGAAGAAGGGGAAGAGGACGGUGAAAAGGACAUGAAGAGGAAGGAAGAAAGGAUGUAAAAAGCAAAGAAAGGAGGACAGGGUGUAAAGAAGGAGAGGAAGAAGAAAGGAUGUAAAAAGCAAAGAAAUGAUGUAAAGAAGAAGAGGAAGAAGAAAGGAUGUAAAGAAGAAGAGGUAGAAGAAAGAGGAAGAUGCCCUUCCAUCACGUGCGUGCAGGUCUCCUGUAUCCAGACAACUUCUUGAGCAGCUCACUGGCAGAAGGUUCUGAAGCCUUCCAGCUCACCAGCAUCUCCACAGAGGAGCUUGGAGAAAUCCGCGAGGCGUUCCGUGUUUUGGACCGUGACGGGAAUGGCUUCAUCUCCAAGCAGGAGCUGGGAAUGGCCAUGCGCUCGCUGGGUUACAUGCCCAGUGAGGUGGAGCUGGCCAUCAUCAUGCAGAGGCUGGACAUGGACGGGGACGGCCAGGUGGACUUUGAGGAGUUCAUGACGAUACUGGGGCCCAAGCUGCUGUCGUCUGACAACAGAGAAGGUUUCCUUGGCAACACCAUCGACAACAUCUUCUGGCAGUUUGACAUGCAGCAGCUGUCAUUGGACGAGCUGAAGCAGGUGCUCUUCCACGCCUUCCGAGACCACCUGACGAUGAAGGACCUCGAGAACAUCAUCAUCACCGAGGAGGAGAGCCUCAACGAGACCUCAGGGAACUGUCCCGAGUACGAGGGAGUGCAUCCCAAGAAGAAGAAUCGUCAGACGUGCGUCAGGAAAAGUCUCAUCUGCGCCUUCGCCAUGGCGUUCAUCAUCAGCGUCAUGCUGAUUGCAGCCAAUCAGAUGCUGCGCAACGGCAUGGAGUAAACUUGCGAGCACUGAGACACGUGGACCUCACUGAUGGACCUGGAUGGGACCGUGAAGAACCGAGAUGGACCACGAUGGAGACUGUUGAACCACCUUAGACUGUAAUAGACCAUGAUGGACCGUGAUGGACCUUGAUGCACCAUGAUUGACCUUAAUGGACUGUAAUGGAUCAUGAUGGUCCAUGAUGGACCUUGAUGGACCGUGAUGGACCUUGAUAGACUUUCAUAGACAGUGAUGGACCAUGAUAGACCAAUAUGGACCUUGUUGGAUCGUGAUGGACCGUGAUUGACCACGAUGGACGUUGAUGGACCAUGAUGAACCCUGAGAGACCGUGAUGGACCUUGAUAGACUUUCAUAGACAGUGAUGGACCAUGAUAGACCAAUAUGGACCUUGUUGGAUCGUGAUGGGCCGUGAUUGACCACGAUGGACGUUGAUGGACCAUGAUGAACCCUGAGAGACCGUGAUGGACCUUGAUGCACCAUGAUGGACCAUGAUAAACCAUGAAGGACCAUGAUGCACCAUGAUGCACAAUGAUCAAUUAAGAUGGACCAUGAUACACCAUGAUGGACCAUGAUGGACCAUGAAGGACUACGAUGCACCAUGAUGGACCGUGAUAAACCAUGAUGGACCAUGAAGGACUAUGAUGGACCAUGAAGGACUAUGAUGCACCAUGAUGGACCAUGAAAGACCAUGAAAGACCAUGAUCAAGCUCGAUGGAUAAUGAAGGACCAUGGAAGGCCGUGAAGGUUUAUAAAGGACCAUGAUGGACCAUGAUAAACCAUGAUAGACCAUGAAGGACCAUUAUGCACUAUGCUAGAUUAUAAAGGACCAUGAUGGACCUUGAUGUACCAUGAUGGACCAUAAGGGACCAGGAUGGACCUUGAUGAAUGCUGAGGGACCUUGAUGGACCAUGAUAAACCAUGAUGGAUCAUGAAGGACCAUAAUGGAGCAUGAUCGACUGUGUUGGAUAAUGAAGGACCAUGAAGGACCAUGAUGGACCAUGAUGGACUAUGAUGGAUCAUGAAGGGCCAUGAUGGAGCAUGAUCGACUGUGUUGGAUAAUGAAGGACCAUGAAGGACCAUGAUGGACCAUGAUGGACUACGAAGGACCAUGAAGGAGCAUGAUGGACCGUGAUGUACCAUAAGGGACCAUGAUGGACCUUGAUGAAUCCUGAGGGACCUUGAUGGACCAUCAUAAACCAUGAAGAACCAUGAUGGAUAAUGAAGGACCAUGAUGGAGCAUGAUCGACUGUGAUGGAUAAUGAAGGACCAUGAAAGGCCGUGAAGGUUAAUAAAGGACCAUGAUGGACCCUAACAGACCAUGAUGGACCCUAAUAGACCAUGAUGGACCCUAAUAGACCAUGAUGGACCCUAAUAGACCAUGAUGGACCUUAAUAGACCAUGAUGGACCCUAACAGACCAUGAUGGACCUUAAUAGACCAUGAUGGACCCUAAUAGACCAUGAUGGACCCUAACAGACCAUGAUGGACCUUAAUAGACCAUGAUGGACCCUAACAGACCAUGAUGGACCUUAAUAGACCAUGAUGGACCCUAACAGACCAUGAUGGACCUUAAUAGACCACGAUGGAUCCAAGCACGUCUGUGAACAACCUUUGUGCUGCUAUGAAGUUCAGUUUGAGGAGCAGAAGAAGAGAUGUUUUUCUGAAGAUGUCACAUUUCAACUAACUGGACUCUCUGAGAACUUUCUAAACUAAAAUACUUGGAUUUUUAUUUUGCUGACGACCCUUUAAAUUACUUUUCUAUUUAUUGACAACACUGAUCAGGUGCUUGGAGCCAUUCCUCAUCUUCUUGUCUGUGAACACACUCACUCCUCCUACCAGGAGCACAACACCUCCUGCACUGUGGGAGGAGAUGCAGCAGGGGAAGGAGAGGAAGAAGGAAAAGAAAGAGGAGAAGAACAAGGUGAAGGAGGAGAAGGAGAAGAAGAUGGAGUAAAAGAAGAAAAAGGAAGAGGUGAAUAAGAAGAACGAGAAGAAGGAGGAAAAGAAGAUGGAGUAGGAGAAGGAGAAGAAGGCGAAGGAGGAAAAGAAGAAGAUGGAGAAGGGGAAGAAGGGAAAGGAGAGGAAGAAGGAAGAAAAGAAGGAGAAGAUGGAGGAAAAGGAAGAAAAGGAAGAGGAGAAGAAAGAGAGGAAGGAGGAAAAUAAGAUUGAGAAGGAGAAUAAGGUGAAGGAGGAGAAGAAGAUGGAGGAAAAGAAAGAGAAGAAGGAAAAGAACGAGAAGGAGGAAAAGAAGAAGGAGUAGAAGAUGGAGUAAAAGAAGGAAAAGGAAGAGGAGAAGAAGUAGAAGAAGAAGGAGGAGAUAAAGGAAAAGAAGAUUGAGUAAAAGAAGGAAGAAGAAGAUGGAGUAAAAGAAGGAAAAGGAAGAGGAGCAGAAAAAGAAGAAUGAGAGGAAGGAGGAAACUAAGAUGGAGAAGGAGAAUAAGGUGAAGGAGAAGAAGAUGGAGUAAAAGAAGGAAUAGAAAGAGCAGGAGAAGGAAAAGAACAAGAAGGAGGAAAAGAAGAAGGAGAAGAAGAUGGAGUAAAAGAAAGAAAAGGGAGAAGAGAAGAAGGAGAAAAGGAAGGAGAACGAGAAGAUAAAGGAAAAGAAGAUGGAGUAAAAGAAGAAAGAAGAAGAUGGAGUAAAAGAAGGAAAAGGAAGAGGAGAAGAAAAAGAACGAGAGGAAGGAGAGAAAUAAGAUGGAGAAGGAGAAUAAGGUGAAGGAGGAGAAGAAAAUGGAAAAGGAGAAUAAAAUGAAGGAGGAGAAGAAUAUAGAGAAGGAGGAGAAGGUGGAGUAAAAGAAGGAAAAGAAAGAGGAGGAAAAGAAGAAGGAGAAGAGGGUGGAGUAAAAGAAGGAAAAGGAAGAGAAGAAGAAGAAGAAGAAGAAGGAGGAGGAGAAAAGGAAGGAGAAGGAGGAGAUAAAGGAAAAGAAAAUGGAGUAAAAGAAGGAAGAAGAAGAUGGAGUAAAAGAAGGAAAAGGAAGAGGAGAAGAAAAAGAACAAGAAGGAGAAAAAGAAGAAGGAGAAGAAGAUGGAGUAAAAGAAAGAAAAGGGAGAAGAGAAGAAGG